CCCAUAAAAGCCACUCCUUUAUUUUAAUUGAAGCGUAAAACAAAAGUUUGAGUAAAGGCAAUGAAUAAAUAAAGAAAGAUAGCAAAGAAAGAAAGAACUGCAUGAAGAAGGAGAUUCCAUGGAGGAGAAGCUGAGUCUGAUGAGUAAUAGCAAAUGGAUAGCCACGGUGGCAGGCAUAUGGAUCCAGUGUUGCGUCGGUGCAUACACCUUCAGCAUCUACUCCUCAGCUCUGAAAUCGAGCCAAGGCUACGACCAAUCAACGCUCGACACCGUGGCUGUGUUCAAGGAUAUUGGCAGCAACGCCGGAGUACUGGCUGGGAUGCUCUACUCCGCCGUGGCAGUGGGCAAUAACCGCAAAAGUAACGGUAAUAACUACCAGUGGGGUGGACCAUGGGUGGUCCACUUGGCGGGGGCGAUCCAGAACUUUGUUGGGUAUUUCAUGAUGUGGGCUUUUGUGGUCGGGUUGAUCGGACGGCCACCGGUGGCGGUGAUGUGUUUGUUCAUGCUGUUGUCUUCUCAUUCCAUGACUUUCUUUACGACGGCCAAUAUGGUGUCCGGUGUGCAGAACUUCCCUCAUUCUGGUGGGACCAUUGUGGGGAUCAUGAAGGGAUUUCUUGGUAUUAGUGGAGCAAUAGUGAUCCAAGUGUAUGACACAUUCUGGGAGGGAAAGCCAAGCAUUUUCCUUCUGAUGCUUGCUCUGUUGCCUACGUUCGUCACUCUUGUUCUUAUGUUUUUUGUGAGAAUCCAUAAAUCUAACACUGCUAAUGACCAGAAACACUUGAAUGGUUUCACUAUAGUUGCUUUGAUCAUUGCUGGUUAUCUCAUGAUUCUAAUCAUUUUGGAAAACAUCUUUAGUUUACCAUUGUGGGCGCGCAUUUUCAACUUUGUACUUCUUUUGCUUCUACUUGCAUUACCUCUUGGAAUAGCAAUCAAAGCCCAAAAGGACACCAAGAAAUUUCUAGAAACAUUGUCCCUUGAGAAUGAUCCUUCAAUGGAGAAUCCUCUAGCAUACAAUGAAUUGCCUGGUGGAGAGGGUCAAGUUGAUGCUGAUUUAGAUGACAAAAUUCUGUCUGAUGAAGAGGGCAUGAAUCUUUUGCAAUCAAUGUGCACUAUAAACUUCUGGUUAUUGUUUGUUGCUAUGGUAUGUGGAAUGGGCUCUGGGGUAGCUGUGGUAAAUAACUUGAGCCAAAUAGGUCAAUCUCUCAAUUACACUACUUUGGAGACGAAAAAUUUGGUCUCUUUAUGGAGCAUAUGGAAUUUUCUGGGUCGUAUUGGAGCUGGCUAUUUAUCAGAUUAUUUGCUUCACACCAGAGGUUGGGCAAGGCCAUUGUUGAUGGCUAUUACUCUAGCAACAAUGGGUGUUGGCCACCUUGUUGUUGCUUCUGGUUUACCUGGAACUCUAUAUGUAGGUUCAAUCCUAGUAGGCAUUUGUUAUGGUUCACAAUGGUCACUAAUGCCAACUAUUUCUUCAGAACUAUUUGGUGUUAGGCAUGUGGGUACUAUUUUCAACACUAUUGGCAUAGCAAGUCCUGUGGGAUCUUAUAUCUUCUCUGUAAGAGUAAUUGGGUACAUUUAUGACGAGGAAGCGAAGGGUGAAGAUGACUCAUGCUAUGGUACCCAUUGCUUUAGGUUGUCUUUUAUGAUCAUGGCAUCCGUAGCAUUUUUGGGGUCUCUUGUUGCUCUUACAUUGCUCUUUCGUACAAAAAGGUUCUAUCAGCUUGUUGUGCUCAAAAGAAUUAAGCUUUCUUUAAGCUGAAGAGAAGUCAAUGUGAAAAUUUUCAUUUACAGGGAAACAUUAGGCGAGGUUUUUUUUUUUUUUUUUGGUGUCUUCAUUAGAAUACAUUAUAGGUUGUAAUAUGGUUAAC